CCGGUGCGUCCUUGAGGGUUCAGCCACCGAGGAGCUAGUCACUCCCUAGAAAGAAGUCCGUGCUAGGCCUGGCUUCUCUGGACUCUGCUUCUGCAGUGGAGGGAACCCACAGAGGACUGACAAGUUCUUACAGUUCUAAAAUCAUGGCCCAUGUGUCCUUGGCAUUCAGGGAUGUGGCCAUAGAUCUUUCUCAAGAGGAGUGGGAGUGCCUGGACACUGCUCAGAGGGACUUGUACAGGGAGGUGAUGUUGGAAAACUACAGCAACCUCAUCUCACUGGGAUGUAUCAUUCCUAAGCCAGAUGUGAUUGUUUUAUUGGAGCAAGAGAAAGAUCCAUGGCUGGAAAYGAGGGAAGAAACAAGAAGGCUGUCCUCAGAUUUCACCAAGAAGUUAUUUCCAGAAAAGGAUGUUUGUGAAAAAUAUUUGUCUCAAUUUCAGACAGUGGAAAAAAGUGAAACCAAAAAUGGGGAUACCAUUUUCAGAGAUGGAUUGCAGAACAAGCGUGAAUUUGAGAGAAAAGAGGAACAUCAGGUGGGAUGCAUUAGUCAAAUGAUAAUCCAAAACCAAGUCUCUCUUCCUCUACAACAGAAAAUUCAUCCUAGAGAGAAACCAUAUAAAUGUAAGGAAUGUAAGAAGGCCUUUAGACAACAGUCUUACCUUAUUCAACAUAUGAGAAUUCACACUGGUGAGAGACCUUAUAAAUGCAUGGAAUGUGGAAAGGCCUUCUGUCGAGUGGGAGACCUUAGAGUACACCAGACAAUCCAUGCUGGAGAGAGACCCUAUGAAUGUAAAGUAUGUGGGAAGGCCUUUAGACUUCACUAUCACCUUACUGAACAUCAGAGAAUACAUUCUGGUGUGAGACCCUAUGAGUGUAAGGAAUGCGGGAAGAACUUUAGUAGAGUUAGAGACCUCAGAGUACAUCAGACAAUUCAUGCUGGGGAGAAACCCUAUGAAUGUAAAGAAUGUGGGAAGACCUUUAGACUUAAUUAUCAACUUGGUGAACAUCAAAGAAUUCACACUGGUGAGAGGCCCUAUGAAUGUAAGGUUUGUGGAAAGACCUUUAGGGUACAACGACAUAUCAGUCAACAUCAGAAAAUCCAUACGGGUGUAAAACCCUUUAAAUGUAAUGAAUGUGGGAAGGCCUUUAGUCAUAGUUCAUACCUUGUCCAACAUCAGAAAAUUCAUACUGGUGAGAAACCCUACAAAUGUAAGGAAUGUGGUAAGUCCUUCAGUUUUUAUGCAGAACGUACUCGACAUCAUAGAAUUCAUACUGGUGAGAAACCCUAUGCAUGUAAAGACUGUGGGAAAGCCUUUCGUCUUCGAACAGAACUUACUCGGCAUCACAGAACUCAUACUGGUGAGAAGCCCUAUGAAUGUAAAGAAUGUGGGAAGGGUUUUAUUUGUGGCUACCAACUUACUUUGCAUCUGAGAACUCAUACUGGUAAUGUUCCUUAUGAAUGUAAGGAAUGUGGGAAAACCUUCAGUAGCCGCUAUCAUCUUACUCAACAUUACAGAAUACAUACUGGUGAGAAACCCUUCCUGUGUAAGGAAUGUGGGAAAGCCUUUCGUCUUCAAGCAGAGCUUACCCGGCAUCUCAGGAUUCAUACUUGCAAGAAACCUUAUGAAUGUAAGGAAUGUGGGAAGGCUUUUAUUCGUAGCAGUCAACUUAUUUCACACCAGCGAAAUCACACUAAUGAGAAUACCUAUGAAUGUCAAGAAUGUGGGAAGAUUUGUAGUCGUCGUUACAAUCUUAUUCAACAUUAUAAAAUUCAUACUGGUGAAAAACCCUAUGAAUGUAAAGAAUGUGGAAAGUCCUUUCGUUUUCAGACAGAACUUACUCAACAYCACAGAAUUCAUACUGGUGAAAAACCUUAUAAAUGCAAAGAAUGUGGGAAAGCCUUUAUUCGUAGCAAUCAUCUUACUCAACAUUACAGAAUUCAUACUGGUGAAAAACCUUACGAAUGUAAGGAGUGUGGGAAGACCUUUAGUCGUCACUAUCGUCUUACUCAACAUUACAGAAUCCACACUGGUGAGAAACCCUACGUCUGUAGUGAGUGUGGAAAUGCUUUUAUUUGUAGUUAUCAACUUACCUUACAUCAAAGAAUUCACUCUGGUGAGAUUCCAUAUGUAUGUAAGGAGUGCGGGAAGACCUUUAGUCGUCGGUACCAUCUUACUCAACACUUUAGACUUCAUACUGGUGAGAAACCUUAUGAGUGUAAGGAAUGUGGGAAUGCCUUUCGCCUUCAAGCAGAACUUACCCGACACUAUGCAGUUCAUACUGGAGAGAAACCUUAUAAAUGUAAGGAGUGUGGGAAGGCCUUUAAUGUUAAUUCAGAACUUACUCGACAUCACAGAAUUCACACUGGUGAAAAGCCUUAUAAGUGUGAAGAGUGUGGGAAGGCCUUUAUUCGUAGUGACCAGCUUACUUUACACCAGAGAAGUCAUACUAGUGAGGAAACACUAUGCAUGAUGUAGAGGAUACAAUGGGUUCUUGAAAAUGCCUUUUACAUCAAGGAUUCGUAAUGUAUUUUUACAUAUUAGGGAAUAUGUAGGAAUCACUUUUGCUUCAUAUUUACAAAUUAUUUUACAUGUAGGUUUUUAAAGUUUCAAAACCAUAACAUCACUCAGUCUUGGUUCAGGUUUAGCAGAUUGAUUCUGGCGCAGUGCAGCUCAAGCCAUUGAGAACUUUUUCCCCCCUCACAAGCUGAUGUUGAGCAGUACUUCUGUAAAGUGCAAGAACAUUGGUUUACAGGGGGAUGGGGAGGAAAUAGAAAGGAACACUAUAAAAGCUCCAUUUUUCUUAUUUAAAGYCAUAAAUCAUCUGUCAGAUUGCUAUAAAUUUCUAAACGCUUGCUCCCACUGUCUGGCCCUUAACUCAUUGUAGGCCAGAAGCAAACAAUUCAUCCACAUGGUCCACACUUUUAGAACUAGAACAGAAGAUGAUUGUUGAUGAAAUGAGUGUAGGAAGGACUUCAGCCAUAGCACAUCAUUGUUCUAAGUCAUAAGUUCAUUUCUGCCUGUGCAGAAGUUGGCAAGACUCUUCCCUUCUGUGCCUCAGUUUUAAAAUGAUAGUAUCUACCUAGUAGUAUUUUUGUGAGGAUGAAAUAAAAAUGGAAACUUUUAGAAGAGUACUUGAGAAAGCAUGUGCUUAAUAUUACUGUUCUUAUUUUGUUAUAUUUAAUUGUAGAUGGACACAAUACCUUUAUUUCUAUAUGGUGCUGAGGAUUGAACCCAGUGCCUCACAAGUGCUAGGCAAGCACACURCACUGAGCUAUAGCCACAGUCCCUUACUAUAUUAUUUUUAUCACUAAUGGUACCAUUAGUAAAUUCACUUAAAAGGAAUACUACAUGGGUGAACUUAAAAACCACCCAUUACCUUUCACUCAGUAAAUGUGAAUAACCAGAUAAAAUCCAGUAAAAGAGAGUGAACUUCUAUUUCCAAAGGCAGAGCUCAUCUCUGAAAAUAGGAAAAAGRAAUCUCUAGAUUUCAUGAGUGUAAAGAUGACAAGAGUAAAGAUUUUAAAGAAUCAGGAAAGCUGUAAUGCCUUUUCAUGACCCAAAAACAAGAUAUGCUAUAAUUUAUAAUUUCUUCCCAUUAAUUGGUAAAUUAGAAGCCACCAAAAGACUACUGUUCAUUCAGAAAAAUUAAGAUAGUAUAGUGACCCCUGGUGUGUCCUCACCAUGUUCAGUAGUAAUUAAUAUAUAAUUUGCUUUGUGUCAAUAUGACAUUUACACUUCUUUGUUGUAAUAUUUGAAUAUAAAUGGAUGUCAUAACACGUCAGCCUUUCAAGAGUAAAAGCUGCCUUCUACUUAAUCACUACAUAGCUUCACAACCAAGGAGAUUAUUCUAUAAUCUCUAACAUUCGGUCUCUUUUUUCUAUCGUGGAACAGUUCAAGAGUAGCCCUUUUCCCCAAUGUUAUCACAUUGACUUUUUUCAAAGUUUAGGAUAGUUGUGUAGAUUAUAAAUUUUUUUCUUUGUUUUU